AUGGAAGACAAAGAAACAGCUUCAGAUCGGAUACAAAAUCGGAAUAUUGUGGAUAUGCUUCGAGACAAUAAAGCUUCCGGAUCGAAGAAGAAUUGGAAGGCGUUUCGAGACACGCUCCGCCUCAAACGCGCCGGUAGAGCGUGGACCUCCACCGUCCCUAUCCCCGCCUCUGACCUCCCGAUCAACACCAACAGUAGUACUAACCGUAUGAUGAUCCGACGUGGCUCUUCAAGAUAUCCAAGCGACCCGAACGUCGACGAAUUGGACGGCGAGGCAACUCGGCAGUUAGGGUAUAUGCCGGACAGGCAACGCAGCGGCCGGUUACUCCCACUGGAAACCGAUCCGGAGGAGGAAAGCGAUAAUAACCCCCCGGACGGCGGCGAGACAGAGCCUGAACAACAGAUGUCGUUGAUGUCAUUGCUCUCAGAUCACGGGUCUCAUUACAAUGCAGGUCCAGAUGAACACAGUAUCUUAUUUUUUUUUUCUGUCGCUAAUGGGAAUGUUAUGAGGCUGGUGUUCUUGUUCAUUGUACGUAAGUAA